AUCACAGCAUUCAGCUGCAGUGGCUCAUAUCAGUAAGCUGUAAACAUCUGUCAGAAUCCAUUCACCAGAAAAACACAGGAUGAAGAAGAAGCUCAUCAUUGAUGUGGACACUGGGGUGGAUGAUGCUAUGGCCAUCAUGGUGGCCCUCGCCAACCCUGAUGUGGAGAUUUUGGGGAUCACCUGCUGUCAUGGCAACACACCCCUGGAGAAUGUCCUCAAGAACACACUGCGUGUCCUGAAAGUCUGCAACAGGCUGGAUAUUCCAGUGUAUCGUGGCUGCUCAAAGCCUCUGCUGGCCCGCAAACAGCAUGCGGGUGAUUACCACGGAAAAGACGGGCUGGGGGAUGUCCCGGAUCCAGAUGCUCCAGGCUUGGAUCUGCUGCAUAAGAAGAAAGCUGUGCAAGCCAUGAUCAAGCUUGUGAAAGACAAUGCUGGAGAGGUGAUCCUCGUAGCUACUGCCCCCCUCACUAACCUGGCUGUCGCAGUGCAGUUGGACCCUUCCUUGCCAAAAAAGCUUAAGGCACUCUACAUCAUGGGGGGAAACACUGAAUCCAGAGGUAACACCACAGUGUGUGGAGAGUUUAACUUUGUAGCCGACCCAGAGGCAGCUUACAUUGUGUUGGACCGCUACACCUGCCCAACCUACAUCUCUACCUGGGAGUUCACCUGCAGGAACAGCCUGUCAUGGUCUUUCUGUGACACCUGGCUUGCUCAAUGUACUCAGAAAGCCGAAUUCAUGAAAAAGAUUUCCAAUCUUUCAAGGAUGAAAGCCCAAUCAGCUGACUAUCAGAAGGAGAUUACUGCAGGAACUGGUUUCAAUUCCUGUGACGUCUAUGCCUUAGCUGCUGCCAUCGACGAUACAUUGAUAACUGAGAGCGAAGAGGUUGCGGUGGCAGUGGAGUUGGAGGGGACCUACACCCGAGGCAUGAUGGUGGUGGACUACAUCCAGAAGCUGAAGAAAGACCAUAAGGCCAUCAUCAUAAAGAAAGUUGACUUGGAGAAGCUAAAGCAAAUGUUGACCAAUGCACUCAAAUAGAAUGAUUCUACAGGGUGGGCCAUUUAUAUGGAUACACCGUAAUAAAAUGGGAAUGGUUGGUGAUAUUAAAGUCCUGUUUGUGGCACAUUAGUAUAUGUGAGGGGGCAAACUCCUCAAGA